AUCGUGUGCUCACUUCGGUGUACUAAUAUCGGUCCUUUGUGACCUGCUACUGUUUGUGGCGACGUUUCCGAUCACGACAACUUGGAAUGGGGUCGUUUAAAAGCUUGGUUUUGUUGGCGAUGGUGUGCGUCCAGUUGCAGAUGAUUGCAUCAAUGACGAAUUAUGAGUUCUACCAAGCCGUCAAACCCUACAUCGAUGAUGAAAACGUCGAGUACAGAGGCAGAGCCGUAGCCGACGAUGAUGACGUCAUAUAUCUUCCUGGAGGACCGAACGAUGAAUUUGACGUAGAAUACGUUCUUGAGAGAAUGGGACUUCUGGAGAUAAUCAAUGAUAAGUCCGACGAAGAGAGCAGAUUGAACCCUCUACAACGCUUAGGGCUCCACGCCGGCUGUAAAUGCCAGACGAGUAGCUGCGAAUGUAGUCUGUCCCACACAUUUAGCUUCUUCUUUACAAAGUUUACCCUCAAAGCCAGCGUGACUGUCACAUACAGCGCUGGAACAUUCACCUUGACUUUCGCCCUUAACGACCAUAGGUUGUUCAGCCAUGCCGUCAACUUAAAGCAUAUGCCAGCUCUUUGUUACGGUGUACCCGGCCUGAGCAUAGCCAAGGUUUGCUUGGAUUUGUAUGGACUCGACAUGGCUCAGAGGAAAAUCUGUGCCAAAGUUGUUGGCAAACUGGACAUUAAGGUCCAUGAAUUCAAAGUGAACUUAGAUCUUGGGUGCGUCAAAAUUCCAAUCCUGAAGGACGCAGAUAGUCUUUAUCUGGGACAGGCUGGAGCUGAUGACGUAGACAUGCCCUAUGCUGACGUCACAAAGCCGGCGGAUAGACUGAUGUCUCUAUUCGUGACAGAGCUUUGGAAAUCUCUGAACAAUCUGGAUAAUUAAAGGACACUGAUAAUUAUAUUUAUAUCAGUAAACUAUCAGGACUUUGAAACGGAUUUGUCUAAAUGUAUGAAUGUAGACUUUUGUAUGCGAGUAGACUAUAUAUAUUUGAUAACAAAACUACUGUACAAUGAACAAUUAGCAUAGACAUUUGGUUCUUUGAAGAUAAUCUCUAUACCUAAAUGAUGAUACAAUAGGUUUAUAAGUACAGCAAUUUUAUCAGGGUGUUCGUAUUGGACCCAAGUGGGUUUUGCAGUUUUAAAAAUCAAGGGAAGUCAAAAACGACCUUCAGGAUCAAAACGGAGUUCUAAUAAAAAAAAUAGUAUAUGCAUUACUGUUCUUUUUUACAUAUUGAUCAGACAGGUAUAAAUAUAAUAAAUUUCUUGAAUAAUUAUUUAAUAAUACUUGAAUGUUAUGAGGUGACGUCAUCGGAAAAUCACUGUAUUGCACUUGGUGAUAUACGGGCAAACGGUUUUGCAAAAUUUUUCGCAGAUUGUGCGUGUAUGAUUAGGGCAGAUAUUAAGCCAACUGUUUAUAAAAAUACUUUACUGUACAUGUAUACUUGUACUCAUUUAGAAUCUAAUGUUCUCAUGCUGUAUGUUUAUAUGAAUAUUAGAUCAAUAAUUUAAACUAAAUUUGUUUAAGAGAAAGAAAUGUAAUUGAGUAAUAAAUCUUAAUGUAAACGUUUACAUUUUUGCAUAUUAAGUAAACUUGAUCAGAUAAGAAUCGCGAAUAUUAGUAAAAGCUUUAAAGAAAUAAAAACUCUGUUAAAAAAUAAAAACGAAGUUAAAUGAUGAAAUAAACAGGAAUUAUUUCCUUUUUGUUUACAUUAUAUAUAUAUAUAUAUAUGGUUAAAAUAUUAUUUUUAGAUAAGUAAAUAAUUGAAAAUGUUUUUUAAACAAUUAUACUAAUUGUAUAGAAUAAAAACAAAUUUGGUACACGGAUUAUUUUCUUACAAUAAUAUUAUUUCAAUGUUAGGCCCCUAUUUCUCAAACUUAAAACAGGUUUAAGCUAAGCUCACUAUUUUUGUUUUCUUUGUCUUGUGAACCAUCUGAGAGCUUUUGGACUUUUAAAAGAAAUUAUUCUUAUUCUCAUCACGAUAAACUAGUUUAUAAUUAGUAAAACGAAAUUCAAGUAACAAAAAAGUAUUAAAUGAAAUAGCUACUUAAGCUGACUAAGCUUAAGAACUUUUGAGAUAUUGGGGCUUUGGUCUACAGUCGAACUCCGUUGGCUCGAACUCGCUUGGCUCGAUUUCUUCGAUGUCUCGAACUGGAUGUAAAGGAGCAAUUUCUUUAUAUUGAAUGUAAGCAUUCCAGCUUUGCUCGAACUAACCGAGGCUCGAGGUAUUUACGCAGGUCCCUGGGAGCUCGAGCCAACGCGGUUCGACUGUAUAUGUGUUUGUUAAUGUAAUCAAAUAGAUAGAUGCUCCUUCUUGUGAAAAUGUGUUUUCUUAUAAAGAACCUCUUUUGAUUGAAGAGUUCUUUAUAGGAGUGCAAUAAACUACAAUAUUUAA